ACGUCUUGCACGAUUCGGUCCCGCAGGCCUAUGCAACAGGAGACCAGCGAGAAGAACCGUGAACCACUCCUCGAGGAAGGCGCCAUGGGUCCGCCGAAGGAGGUGCCCAAGCCUGAGCCCAGCGGCGCCUACGUGCUGCUGCUGGUCUGCAUGUACGCGACGUGCAGCAGCACGCUGAGCGUCGUGAACAAGUGGGCGCUGCUCGCGCUGCCGUUCCCGGGCGUCGUCACGGCGUGCCAGUUCCUGACGACGGCGGUCGUCGUCUACUUCCUGGGCAAGUUCCGCGUCGUCGACGUCGACGCCUUCCGCUGGGAGAAGCUCAAGGCCAUGGCGCCCAUCAACGUCGUCUUCUACCUCGCCAUCUUCACGAACGGGCAGGUGCUCACGUACAGUACCGUCGAGACGUUCAUCGCGUUCCGGUCGCUGACGCCGCUCCUCGUGAGCGGCGUGGACACGCUCGUGCGCGGCGAGGCGCCGCCGAGCCGGCGCACGGCGGCCUGCCUCCUGCUCAUCGCCCUGGGCGCCGUGUCCUACGCGCGCGACGACGCGAACUUUUCGGUUCGAGGCUACGCGUGGGCGUGCGUCUACCUCGUCGUCAUCGUCACGGAGAUGGUCUACGCGAAGCACGUCACGGCGACGAUCAACCUGUCGACCUGGGGCCUCGUGCUCUACCAGAACGCCAUCGCCGUCGCGCUCUGGCCGCUCGCGUCGUUCCUCUCGGGCGAGUUCCGCGCGCUGUCGCUGCUGCUCAACGCGAAGCCCGGCGAGCCCCUCGACUCGCCCUUCGCGCGCGACGUGCCGCCCCUGGGGUUGUCCACGCUGGUGCCCCUGGCGACGUCCUGCGUGCUCGCCAUCGGCAUCUCGUUCUCCGCGUGGGGCACGCGGUCCGUCAUCUCCGCGACGCAGUUCACGGUGCUCGGCGUCGCCUGCAAGCUCGCCACGGUCGCCAUCAACGUCCUCGCCUGGAGCCACCACGCGAGCCUCGGCGCCCAGGCGUCCAUCGUCCUCUGCAUCGUCGCGAGCGUCCUCUACCAGCAGUCCGCGAAGCGCGACCGCGCGGCCGCGAAGACGCUCCCCGGCGCGCACUAGGCGCGCGCGCGCGCGCCCCGCUCGACAGCGUCCGCUCGUC